AAAGACGCAUCCAUAAUUCCAUAAACCACAUAUAGCAGUGAAGUGCAGUGUAUACUGUGUAGCAUAAUAUUUUUAGAUGUAGAAAAUAGGUGUCAGCUGCUUAUUUAUUUUCAAAAUCGUGCACGUAACAGGUUAGGAUAGUGCGAUUUAAUAUGCAGAACAACCCCCAGGAGCUUUCAUGGCAGGCGAUACAGGCUAUUGUUGGGGUUAAACUUCCGUCUAAUGUGUUGAGAUUCGAUGAUAUUGGGUUUCAUUUAGUCAAUAACUCUACUUCGAGUGCCGAAGAGUCGGAUUCCGAUAUUGAAAUAAUCGAAAAUGAAUGGGAAUCCGAUAAUAAUGUAUCAUCGAAACCCGAACACUCCGAUAACGAAAAACCUUCUGACAGAGAGCAGAGUGAGUCACCUAUUUUACAUCUCGUAGAACCUGAUAAUAAUAAUUCAGGGAAAGAUUUAUUAGACUACAGAGACUAUUUAGUUAAACUAGAUACCAAAGAUAUUAUGGAGAGUGAUCAGACGCCACUCAAUCAGAGCGACGAUGCAGAUAGUUCCAAUGGGAAUGUAAUGUCUAUCGAAAAUUAUUUAGAAGUAACAUUGUCAACAGACUCAGAGGCUAGUCAUACAUGUAGCCAAUGUAACCAAAUGUUUCCCAGUGAACAGUUGUUGUCUUCACAUAACUGUAGUGCCAAACCCACCGAGGAAAAAAAAUACCCAUGUCAUGUGUGUUCAGAAAAAUUUCCUAGUUAUUGGGAACUUAGAAAGCAUAUAAACAGUCACUUCCCAGGAAUGUUGGAUUCUAAAUCAAGUUUUUGCCACCUUUGCCAAAAAGACUACACUAAAACAGGAUUUAUGAAUCACUUGAGAAAGCACACAGGAGAACGUCCAUUUGUUUGUGAAUUAUGUCAUAAAGCCUUUUCCCAGUCAAGUUCUUUAUCUAUUCAUAUGAAGUUUCAUUUAAAUGUACGCAAGCAUGCGUGUACAGUUUGUGAAAAGAAGUUUGUUACCAAAAGCGAACUAUCACGACACAUGACUGUGCACACAAAACAAAAAUCGUAUUACUGUGGUGUCUGUGAUAAAGCAUUCACUCGGUCUGACAACAUGAAGAAACAUGAGAAAACUCAUGGAUAAUUAAAACCACUAAGUGAUUAGCAUCAUCUAUGAUUAUACCGUGUUGAUCUAGCUGUGCUUGCUCAUACAUGAUAUAUUCAUGGUGCUUUUCACUCAUUGCUUCUUUUAGAUUCUCCCAUUGCCAAAAAUUUAGUCAUAAUUGUUAAUAAUAUAUAUUAUUAUGUAUUGUUUUAUACCAAAUUGAAUAAUUUCACUAUCUAGUUCAUAACUUAGUCAUUAUGGUGUGUUAUUGCGAGUGUUUUUACUCUUAUGGUGUGCUGCUGUAAUUGCUUUGAGUUAGGGUUUUAUUUAUGAUUCUUUAUUGCAUGUUAAGAAUAUCCUUAGUUUGUAGUUAUAAACCUUUACAGGUGCUGUAAUGUAUAAUGUCACACAUAUCUCGACCCAAUGUUGCCUUUUAAGAUAUGAUAAAGUGAUAUUUUAAUAUGUGGAUAUAGGUCAAAUGUCCAAAGAUUCCGAUAGCCAAGCUGUAAUGUUUGUAUUAGAGAUAGGAAAACUAAUAAUACUUUAGCACCGAGGCCUUUAUAAAAACUUGUUUGUCACAAAUUCUUACAAUUGUUCCUGCUUCUUUAAAGAGCUUUAAUAAGUAAUAUAUUUUUGUAUCUUUACUGUAGGGCAUUAUAAUGCCAGUAAAGUAAUACACACACAUGCCAAAAUUUAGAUAAGAUAAUUUUUUCUUAUACUAUGCUGUAACCAAAGCAAUAAUACUAACUAAUGUGCCUAUUUCUAUAUAUUUACUGUUAAGUAACUAUAACACCAAAUAUAUUUUUAGAUGUUAGAACUUUUAUAGGAUAAUGACAUGAGAAUGAUAUAUUUUAUACCAAAUUGGAUUGUCAAUUUUAUCUUUACAUGUAAUUUAGAUGUUGUAAGGCACAUUCAGAUAUUUUUCCUGUUAAAAUGGUCUCAAACAUUUUAAUGUUAGCCAAUAUGAUCAAGUAGAUAAGUAUUUAUUUAAGAAGAAAGUCUUUAAUGUUUUGAACAAUCAUCACAAAGUUGUAUUGACUACAUGAUUAUUGUAGCUGAUUAUGAAUUUUAUACAUAAUUGCUUUUUAUAUAUAUAGUGAGUAAUUCUUAAGUGUGAAUUUUAGAACAAAAUUGUUUACUUAUCCCAAAGAUUGGCUAUAAAACCAAAGUUAUUUAAGUUUCUAGUGUGCCACUUCAAUUUUCAUAAACUGGUUAUUAAUACCAAUAAUAUUAUAUUGACAAGAUUUGUAUUUAGUAGUAGGCAAUAAUUUUCAUUUUAUUUAUUUUAUUUUAAUUUUUUAGAGGUUUAGUUGCAUGACUUGUUCAUAGAUUUAAGUCUGAGCCAAAUGAAAAAAUACACAAAAAUCUACAAGACUGACAA